UUGUUCUUCCUUGGUCCUAACCUGGACCAUAACACUAUCUAUCUAUCUAUCUAUCUAUCUAUCUAUCUAUCUAUCUAUCUAUCUAUCUAUCUAUCUAUCUCAGUCUGUUCAUAUCUAUCCAUGCAUUUUCAGGUCAAGAAUAAGAAAAGAUGGAGUCAGAUAAUGUAUAUGUCUUAUGUGUUAGACUUUUUACUGAAGAAGGAAAAGAACAAUCCGUCGGAAAUUGAAGGUUUUAUUUUGACCACCGAUGCUGAUGUGUUAUUCACGCCAGUCUCUGUGGAGGCCCUAAUGGAUCUCAUGACUCGAGAUGAAGCAGUGGGCGCCGUCUGUGCCCGUACCCAUCCACUUGGUGACGGGCCGGUCGUGUGGUAUCAACUAUCAUCUUCUGCCUCACCGGCUAUCCUCUCCCGCCUCACCAGCUAUUAUCUUCUGCCUCAACGGCUAUCCUCUCACGCCUCACUGGCUAUCAUCUCCCGCCUCACCAGCUAUCAUCUUCCGCCUCACCGGCUAUCAUCUUCUGCCUCACCAGCUAUCAUCUUCUGCCUCACCGGCUAUCAUCUUCCGCCUCACCGGCUAUCAUCUUCCGCUUCACCUGCUAUCAUCUUCCGCCUCACCGGCUAUCUUCUCCAGGCCUCACCAGCUAUCAUCUUCUGCCUCACCGGCUAUCAUCUUCCUUCUCACCAGCUAUCAUCUUCCGCCUCACCGGCUAUCUUCUCCAGGCCUCACCAGCUAUCAUCUUCUGCCUCACCGGCUAAAAUCUUACGCCUCACCGGCUAUCAUCUUCUGCCUCACCGGCUAUCCUCUCCCGCCUCACCAGCUAUCAUCUUCUGCCUCACCGGCUAUCCCCUCCCGCCUCACCUGCUAUCAUCUUCUGCCUCACCGGCUAUCAUCGUCCGCCUCACUGGCUAUCAUCUUCCGCCUCACCAGCUAUCAUCUUCCGCCUCACCGGCUAUCUUCUCCCGCCUCACCAGCUAUCAUCUUCUGCCUCACCGGCUAUCCCCUCCCGCCUCACCUGCUAUCAUCUUCUGCCUCACCGGCAAUCAUCUUCCGCCUCACUGGCUAUCAUCUUCCGCCUCACCAGCUAUCAUCUUCCGCCUCACCGGCUAUCUUCUCCCGCCUCACCAGCUAUCAUCUUCCGCCUCACCGGCUAUCAUCUUCCGCCUCACCAGCUAUCAUCUUCUGCCUCACUGGCUAUCCUCUCCCACCUCACCAGCUAUCAUCUUCCGCCUCACCGGCUAUCAUUUUCCGCCUCUCCUGCUAUCCUCUUCCACCGCACCAUUUUGGAAUCACUGUCAUAAUCCAGUCGGAAGACUUUCAAAUCUAUCUAUCUAUCUAUCUAUCUAUCUAUCUAUACAUACAUAUCUACAUUCUUCGGCGAAAUUUCUGACAUUUAUUUAUGCCAUCGUCAUGAGUGUUGUUGUAAUCGGCACUGCAGUUCAAAUAGCCAAGGAUAUUCAAGAAAAUCAAGGUUUGUCCGACGAAUUGCCACUCUCCAUCAGUGACCUUUAUUUAUUUGGUUUAAUGGGCAUCUUUAUACUGACGUCUCUUCUUCAUAUUACCGAAUCUCUCCCCAUUGAGUUUUUCUCCCUUGAGUUUCUCUUCUCUGAGUCCCUCUCCCCUGAGUCUCUCUCCACUGAGUCUCUCUCCCUUGAGUUUCUCUUCCCUGAGUCUCUCUCCCUUGAGUUUCUCUCUCCUGAGUCUCUCUCCCUUGAGUCUCUCCCCCUGAGUCUCUCUCCCUUGAGUCUCUCCCCACUGAGUCUCUCUCCACUGAGUCUCUCUCCCUUGAGUUUCUCUCCCUUGAGUUUCUCUUCCCUAAGUCUCUCUCCCUUGAGUCUCUCUCCCUUGAGUUUCUCUUCCCUGAGUCUCUCUCCCUUGAGUUUCUCCCCCCCCGAGUCUCUCUCCCUUGAGUUUCUCUCUCCUGAGUCUCUCUCCCCUGAGUCUCUCCCCACUGAGUCUCUCUCCCUUGAGUCUCUCUCAACUGUCGCUGAAUCACAAGCGUUGGCUUGCCAAACGAGUAAGAAGCAAAUGAACAAAACCGAAACGGAUAGUGAAGAUGAACCGGAAACAACGAAGCAGAAUUCACCGGAAAUAGCAAAAUCGUUUUUCCCCCCAGGUAAGAAGGCGAUUAUUUAG